GUGACAUAACGUGAGCUGACUGACACGUACUGUUUGUUAAAGAAAAAAAAAGUAAAGCAGGAAGAAGAAAGGCUGCCAAAACAGUUAGCUCGUAGCAGAGGAGAGAGGAGACACUGUCCGUUCAAGAAUCUCUUCAGAUCUCUGGACCUCUGGCUCCAUCAUGAACGUGUUUGAUCGCAACAUCAAUUUUGACUCCCUCUUCAAGUUCUCCCAAAUAUCUCACUCCACCCAGGUGCACUUGAAGAAUGUGUACUCCAGCCUGGCAGUUUGUAUGUUUGUGGCUGCAGCUGGCUCCUACGUCCAUGUCGUCACACGCCUCUUUCAGGGCGGCUUGCUGUCUGUGCUCGGCUCCCUGGGGAUGAUGUUUUGGCUCGCCAUGACGCCACACAACCCAGAGAUGGAGAAGAAGAGACUGGCCAUCCUGGCAGGAUUUGCCUUCCUCACAGGUGUUGGCCUUGGCCCCACACUGGACUUUGUCAUCGCUGUCAAUCCGAGCAUCAUCGUGACGGCUUUCAUGGGAACCUCUGUGAUUUUCAUCUGCUUCACUCUCAGCGCUCUCUAUGCCAAACGCAGGAGCUACCUGUUCCUCGGAGGCACGCUGAUGUCUGGCCUCUCCCUCCUGUUCCUGAUGUCUGUGAUGAACAUGUUCUUUGGCUCUGUGAUGCUGUUUAAGGCACACAUGUACCUCGGGCUGCUCAUCAUGUGCGGCUUCGUCCUGUUUGACACUCAGCUGAUCAUCGAGAAAGCAGAGAACGGAGACAAGGAUUACAUCUGGCACUGUGUGGACCUUUUCCUCGACUUCAUCACCGUCUUCAGGAAACUGAUGGUCAUCCUCGCCAUGAACGAUAAGGACAAGAAGAAAGAAAAGAAGUAAAGAAACUUUGGAAAAACUGUCAGAAGAGGCACAAUUUGCAACGCACUUGGUGCUUUUCACGUUCUGUCUUCAUUUAUUGAAUUAACUCCUAUGUGGUCUUAUAUUAUUGAAAAAUUUCUUUGAUUUGUUUUUUUUUCCAAACUUACAACAAGGGUUGAAUGUAAGUUGAUGGUAAACUGAUGCUAGUCCCCGUCAUGGCUGUGAAUGAAUUAGAUUACCGCUGCAGUGACCCUGCUUGGCCUGUAGAGGGGAGCGUUGCCCUGUGAAGGCUCCCAGAAGCUGAGCAGCACUUAAUGAAGAUACUCGUUAUUUAGUGCCAUAAUUAAUGACAUGAUAGGCUCCUUUUUAGUGGGUCAUGUGAGCUUCUGAGGCUGAGCAUUGUUUUAUUUGAACUUGUGUAAAUUCAGUUGUUGAUUUGCUUAUUUAUAGUUUUCCUCUGUUCUCUUUAGUGGAGUGUCACAACAUGUGGUGUCCCAUGAUUUUGACAACAGAUUUCGCCCCUUUUGAGAAAUUUCCCCGUAAUUGUUUUUGCUCCUACAAAAAUUUUGUUUUGUGAUCAACAUGAUGAGUAAGAAUAGUGAAGCCUGCACUGAAACAAAGCCUGUCAGAAUCACGACGAUCUACGCAAACUCGUUCAGACGGACUUUUUGGAUUUCGGAUUUUUUGGCAGGUGGAGGAGGGAGAGCCGAUGCCAUCUGUCCAUCUUUUCAUCUCGGAUAGCAGGCGAGUUACUCAGACCUCCCCCACUGUAAAUUUCUCUAGUAUCUGUUGUCUAGAAAUUAGUUUGCCAAAUGAUGUGACGUUAACCUUUACGAUUUUUUGAAAGUGUAUACUGUGAAGAAUUUAUUUUAUGGAUGUAAAAUUGAAACUAAUAAUUUGAUACAUUUGCUCAAAUAAAUGUGUUGAACGUACAGAAA